AUGCAUUACUGUAAGUAUAAGCAAGCAAGCACUCAGCAAUACGCGUGCUGAAUUAAAUGUCGGUGUGUGUGGCGUUACACGUUUUAAGGUUAUAAUAUAGAAAUAAUUCGCGAAAAAUGUUUCUAUAAACGAAUUCGCAGCAUACAAGUGAUAUGUAGUCAUUGAGUAACUGAACAAUUUGAAGUAAUCACACAAUACCUCUUCUACGAAUAUCGAGACUGAUACAAACGUAACAUAUCAUUGUUACUCAUUCGCCGCACUGUAAACAGUCUUUAAGACAGAUACAUUUUUAGUACUUGAUUUAAUCCCGUAGUAUUUUAUCUUGGAAUCGUGAAUUUUAGCGGCAUCGUACAUGAAGCCAUCUAACAAGAAUUCCAUUCUGCACAUAAAAGAUUAUCGUUUUACUUAGCUAUAAUUUACUAGUACAUUUUCCAAUUAUGAUUGUUAAGUAACCAAGUUAUAGAUAUCCAAUGUCUAGGAACAACAUUUUAAAGAAAUUAUGAGUUAUAUCCAGUUACUAUCUUAUGAUUAGUUGAUCAUUGUAAAUGACUGCAUAAUUAAAGAUUAAAGAUGUCAGAUAAAGGUUUAAUGAAGCAGCUCACAGAGCAAAAGCUCAAAGCUUUUUCAAUUGGUACUAUGGGUAAAAGACCCAUGAGUAAAAAGGAAGUUGAAGAGAUAAGAAAGAAAGAACAAGAACAAGCGGCAGCUCAGGCAUUUGAAGAGUUUGUUGCUACAUUUCAUAAUGAUAGUAAUAAAAAUUCUAAUAAAGUAUGGGUCAAAGCUGGUACUUAUGAUGCUGGUAAAAGACAAGAAGAUACUAAAGAAAAAGGAAAAUUAUACAAACCUCAACCUAAAAUGGGUGACUUUGGAGUCCCUGAUUCUGGACCAGAUUACACAAAAUUUCUGAUUACUAGCAAUGAACGAAAACAAGACAGACUUGGUAAAAAGAAAAAAGAUGGAGAAAAAAAGAAAAGUAACCUUGAAUUAUUUAAAGAGGAAUUAAAAAAGAAUCAAGAAGAACGAGAAGAACGUUAUAAAUAUAAAGGAAGUGGAAAAGUUUCAAACACAAGCCAUGGUGAUGAUGCUGUAGCACCAACUUUAAAGGGAGAUAAUGCUGGAUUUACUGAGGGUUCUUUUGAUAAUGGAGAUCCAAAUACUACUAAUUUAUAUCUGGGAAACUUGAAUCCCAAAAUUACAGAACAACAAUUAAUGGAAAUAUUUGGAAAAUAUGGACCUUUGGCUAGUAUUAAAAUCAUGUGGCCUAGAAGUGAUGAAGAAAAAGCUAGGCAGCGAAAUUGUGGUUUUGUGGCUUUCAUGUGCAGAAAAGAUGGUGAAAGAGCACUAAAAAACCUCAAUGGACGCGAUGUGAUGCAAUAUGAAAUGAAACUUGGCUGGGGUAAAAGUGUACCAAUUCCUCCUUACCCAAUAUAUAUUCCACCAGCUUUGAUAGAUCUCACACAACCACCACCUCCUUCAGGCUUGCCUUUUAAUGCACAGCCACACAGGCGAGAUAAAAAUAAAUUGCCUAGAAUUAGAAAUUUACAAAAUCCAGACCCUCAAGAUAAAGAAAAUUUUGAAAAAAUUCUUCAGAAUGCAGUUGUGAAAGUGGUCAUCCCAACAGAAAGAAAUUUGGUCAUGCUGAUACAUAGGAUGGUAGAAUUUGUAGUGAGAGAAGGACCUAUGUUUGAAGCUAUGAUUAUGAAUAGGGAAAUAAACAAUCCAAUGUUUCGAUUUUUAUUCGAAAAUCAUUCUCCAGCACAUACGUAUUAUCGAUGGAAAAUGUUUUCUAUAUUGCAAGGUGAAACUCCGAAAGAGUGGCGAACGGAAGACUUCAGAAUGUUCAAAGGUGGCAGUAUAUGGCGUCCACCUCCAAUGAACCCAUGGACGCAAGGAAUGCCGGAAGAUCUGGUGGAGCCAGAUGAAAAACCUGAGUCCAGAAGGGGGACUCUGUCCAACAGUCAGAGAGAAAGGCUGGAAGAUUUACUGAGGACCAUAACACCCGAAAGAAUCAAAGUCGCCGAGGCAAUGGUGUUCUGCAUCGAGCACGCAGAGGCCGCUGAAGAGAUUUGCGAUUGCAUCGCGGAAUCGUUGUCAAUUUUGCAAACCCCAGUGAACAAAAAAAUUGCCAGGCUCUAUCUUAUAUCAGACAUUUUGCACAACUGCGGUGUCAAAGUCAAUAACGCCACUAUAUUCCGCAAGGCUUUUGAGUGCAGAUUGAUCGAGAUUUUUAGCGCCGUGCACCUAGCUUAUAAGCAAUUUGACAGCCGAUUGAAGGCUGAAGGCUUCAAAGUGCGCAUGAUGCGUAUCUUUCGAGCUUGGGAAGACUGGGCCGUCUAUCCACGUGAGUUUUUGGUGAAGCUACAAAACACUUUCUUAGGAUUAAAUCAAGUAACCGAGGAGCCGGAGCAAGAGGCCGAGGAAGAUAUCGAUGGUAUGCCUUUAUCAGAUGCCGACAACGAUGUUGCCGAAGAUUUGGACGGCGUUCCUCUGGACGGGGCCGCCUUACUCAAAGGAGCCAUGAAACUCGGCCUAGCGUCGAAGCCGAAACCGAGCUACGACGACAUUGACGGUGUCCCCAUGGACGAUGACAUUGACGGCGUGCCCAUGGACGACGAGGACGACGACGGUGAUUCUGGCGCGAAUCGAGCUCGAGGUGGCGGCGGUGGCAGCGAUAGCAACGACAAGCUCUACAUGCCCGGCUUCGUGCCAUCCAAAUGGGAAACGGUCGAUCCGGAUCAGGUCGAGGCGCAAGCCAUGACAACCAACAAAUGGGACGAGCUGGAGCAGAACGACGACUCUCAGGAGAACAGCAUAGACUCCAGGGACUACAACGAGGAGCGACGCAACAAGUUACGCGAAAUCGAAGUCAAAGCUAUGCAAUACCAAGACGAGCUGGAGAGCGGUAAGCGCAGCAUCAAGCCGGGAAUGAGCAUCCAGGCGCAGGUCGAGCAUUAUCGUAAGAAGCUCAUCAAGAAGAGCGAGCGAGAUUCCAAGGACAGCAAGUCGCUGGCGUCGAGCGCCGGUGACGACCGGGACGACGAGCAGUUGCUGCGUCGUCGUGACAGGAAGCAACGAAGCGCUUCGCCCGACUCGCAGCCGCCGACCCCGUACUACAAGGACAGCCGCAGUAGUCGACGUGGCUCGCAGAGCCCGUUGCCCCUCUCGAAGAGUAGCGGCCGCUACAGGUCUCGCAGCAAGUCACCGCGAGGCAAGAGGGGAGGCCGAUCGCGCUCGCCCCUGCACAAAAAGUCGCGCUCACAGAUCACGCCGUCGCCGCCGAGGAUGCGCCGCUCGCCUUCGCCCAACUUUUCGUCCUCGAGAUCGUCGCGCAAAUCGCCGGAUCGCAAGAGGCGUGCCGGUCGCUCGCCCUCCAACUCGCCCACGCCUAGCUCGAGAUCUUCCAAGCACAGAGCCGCGAGUCCAAUGUCUCCGACCCCCCGCAAGCAUCGACACAAGCACAAAUAUUGAAGAAACUAGCAUCUCGUCACGAUGAGUGUCCGUUAACGGCCAUUUAAAUUGGUUUUAUCAAUUGACCAAUUUUGUACAUUGUUCAUUUUACCAUGGAUCACCUUUUUCUUAAGUUUUGUGCUUCUGAUUAAUUAAUGAAUUAUUGUAAUUAUAAAUAGAAAACUAUUAUUUGUAAAAGUAGCAGCAUACAGCUAAUAUAAUAUC